AUGCGUGUGCGCCAAACAGAAGACAAAAUGCAACUUCAGGAGCAGUACCUUUGUGAUACAAACUCAAUUACGCAUAGUCCGUAUUAUGGUUGUACGGUGCGAGUCGUUUCCAAAGCACAAGUUUCCUAUGAAGGUGUGCUCGAUGGAAUCAAUACAGAGAAGAACCGCAUUUUUCUGAAAAAUGUCCGCGUAAAGGGCAGUUCUAUGGACUUACCUGAUCGAAUAAAUUCAAUUGAAGAAUCUGACACAGCAAACACGGUCAUGAUCGAUCAUCUUACAAAUGAUAUGCGGAUUUAUGAGCAAGUCUGUUUGAAUGUUCGAGACAUUCAAGAAUUAAAUCUCAUUCGCUUGCCUGCAACAUUUCAUGAAUCUCAAGCAAAGCUACGUUCUAUUGAUCCGUGUCUUCUCGACAUUCGUCUUUCACCGACGGAUGAACAAGGGAAUCAAUCAGAAGAGUAUACUCAACCGAUUCCGAUUACACGACGCGUUCGUGGUGAAUCUUUAGGAAGCAUGGGCGGUGGCCCCUUGGCUUCUUCAAGUUCAAAUGAAUCGACAUCAUCGUGCGGCUAUCGACCGAAUGAAAGUUGCUUUGAUUCGUUUGAUGAACAAUGUGAAAACUUCAGUCGUCUUUCCACAUCACCCGUUACUCAAAACCCGCCCACAUUAUUGGCGAAAAAAGUUCUGGCGAAAAAAAUCGAGCGGAAUACAAUUCCAUCUUUAGUGCCUGAAACUCGUCCAACGGAUCAUCCUACCAUUUUGAAAAUUGUUCCUUUAAAUAAUCAACGCAAGCCAUCACCUAUUCGUGUUACAAUAACCAGUAAACUGAAUCCAAAUGCGACGCCAUUCUAUGGUCAAGAACAAAAACGGCCAACACACCAACCGAAUCAAAAUUCAUCAUUCAAGUUCUAUGCGCACAGUCGAUUUCAACCACGCUCUCAACUACAGAAUCGAUCUCAACAGGGUAACCAACCGGUUCCGUAUCCUCACCAACAUCAACGCUUUGUGCCACCGCGACAAAUGGCCAUCAAGAAAAAGUUCAACAAUCAAACACCACCAUCUGUAAAUAAACGACCACAACAACAACAGCAACAACAACAACACCAAAACAGACACAAAGCAGCGAGCCAUGAACAAAUACCAGGUAUAAUUUCGAUCGUGCAUUCUAGUUUUGUAAUUCAACUUUAUUCAGGAUUAAUGCAACCACUUCCUUCAUCGAUUAUGGAUCAAAUCUUGACAAGACCACCUCUUCGAGAACGUCUAUCCGUCCCGAAUUACAAUCGCCAUAAUCAAUCUCCUGUUAACUUACAUCCAACUAGUAGUUUGCCAUAUCAAUAUGGAAUCAUAGGAGAUUCAAAUCAACUACAAGUUCCAUCGUCAUUUGUCGAACCCAUUGGCUCUCACCGUGGCCCGCGUACUGUUUCGGGAACUAGCAGUGCUAGUAGUAUGAGCAUUGAAAUAGGCCCUCAUUCAAUUGCUCAACUUGAUUCAUCGUCAAAUGCAUUGAUAUCACCCGAUGGCCCGUACGAUUUCGAAAAAGCCAACGAAGAAUUUCGCCGUUAUCUAGAAUUAGAAGAGUUGGUUACACGACAUGCAUCAUCUGCUGGUCCAACAGGUUCUCACGCCAAUGAGCAAUCCAAUUCCCCACAAUCGCAAAAUCAUUCAUAUAAGAAAGAAAUUUCGUUUUUUGAUCGCAUUUCAUGUACAGCUACGACCGGUACAGCUGUUGCCUACACUGAAAUGGAUGCUGACGAGAAAAAUCUGGAAACAUUCGGUGAUGAUGCCCUUCGUCUUGUGGCGGAGAUAGAUAAUGAAGAAUGGUAA